GGGAUAGAAGAGUAGGAAAGAAAAGCUAAACCUGCAGGAAAGUGCCCCGUGCCGAGGAGAACGCGGUUAGGAAGUGUGCGCCUGCUUCUGAACCCUGAGUGGUUCUCAGUUCUGUAACCUUCGCCUCCCACUGGGUGGAGUAGGGCUUUUAAGAGCAGCUGGAAUGCAGUUCCCCUGAUCAGUGGAGCCAGUUGUUGCCUGUCUGAACCUCUGCCAGUCCUGGAGAGCGGUGCUCUGAGCUCAAGCCAGCAGGCCUCUUUCUGCCCGCUCGCUGCCGUCCUUCUUGCCGGAGAAGAACGUUCCCACCUGUCCAGCCAUGGGGGAGGACGCCGCCCAAGCUGAGAAGUUUCAGCACCCGGGGUCUGCCGUGUGGCAGGAGAAGCCAGCCAGCCCCAGCCUCGCGCCCUCUUCCACGCCGAGCCCCAGCCUGAACCUGGGGAGCGCGGAGGAGGCCAUCCGGGACAACUCGCAGGUGAACGCCGUCACGGUGCUCACGCUCCUGGACAAGCUGGUGAACAUGCUGGAUGCCGUGCAGGAGAACCAGCACAAUAUGGAGCAGCGGCAGAUCAGCCUAGAGGGCUCCGUGAAGGGCAUCCAGAACGACCUCACCAAGCUCUCCAAAUACCAGGCCUCCACCAGCAACACGGUGAGCAAGCUGCUGGAGAAGUCCCGCAAGGUCAGCGCCCACACUCGCGCGGUCAAGGAGCGCAUGGACAGGCAGAGCGCGCAGGUGAAGCGGCUGGAGAACAACCACGCCCAGCUCCUCAGGCGCAACCAUUUCAAAGUGCUCAUCUUCCAGGAAGAAAAUGAGAUCCCUGCCAGUGUGUUUGUGAAAGAGCCAGUUUCCAGCCCAGCGGAAGAGAAGGAGGAGCUUGCUGAUGAAAACAAGUCCUUGGAGGAAACCUUGCACACGGUGGACCUCUCAUCAGAUGAUGAAUUGCCCCACGAUGAGGAGACCCUGGAAGACAGUGCAGAGGAAAAGAUGGAAGAAAGCAGGGCAGAGAAAAUAAAAAGAUCCAGCCUCCGGAAAGUAGAUAGCCUCAAGAAAGCGUUUUCUCGCCAGAACAUCGAGAAAAAAAUGAACAAGCUGGGGACAAAGAUCGUGUCUGUAGAGAGGAGAGAGAAGAUUAAGAAAUCUCUCACUUCCAAUCACCAGAAAAUAUCCUCAGGGAAAAGCUCCCCCUUCAAGGUUUCUCCCCUCACUUUUGGCCGGAAGAAAGUCCGAGAGGGAGAAGGCCCUGCAGAAAACGAGACCAAGUCAGAAGACACGCCUAGCAGCGAGCAGAUGCCAGAUGACCACGAGGAGAGCUCGUUUGCAGAGGGUCUUUCUGAAGCGUCCCUCACCGGUGCCCUGGUGGAAGGCAAGAGCAAGGAGGAGGAUGCAGAGAGGGAGGCCUCCAGAGGGAGUAACUCGGGCAGGGAUAGCAACAUCGACUUGACAAUCGUGGAAGAUGAAGAGGAGGAGUCGGUGGCCCUGGAACAAGCGCAGAAGGUUCGCUACGAGGGAGGCUACCUGCUGACCUCUGAGGAUGCAGAGCAGUCGGAUGCAAGCCCGGGCCAGCCUGCCGUGCUCCAGGUGGACCAGACCGCCUAAACGCGCAGCCUGCCGGGCCCGGCCUGUGCUUCCGUUCCGGCGGGUAACCAGAGUCUGGAAACAAAGCCCUGCACGUGUCCGCACUACCCACUCACUACCGUGUUGUUGUCCAAGCAGCCCUCACUCACUCCAUAGGAGCAGCGCACAGACGGACCAAGAUCUACUAUGAAGGCGACCUGUCAGGAGCGUCGCUUCCAACUUGUUCUUCGGUUCUAUUUUUGUAGAAUUUCUCCAAGAUGGCAUGGAAGAAGAGAAGGGGCAGCUGCAAAACGCUGACCACUUUGGCUUAGUUAGAAAAACCAGAGGCUACUUGAGAUACUAGUCAUGAGAUGGGUUUCAUUUCUUGUCAUUCCAUAGGCUUGCCGAAUAGUGUACCAGUGCUAUAUUGAAUUUCCACUGAACUCUGUGAAGCUAAUUAUUGUAUUUCGAGUGUGCGAUAUAUAAUAUACAUAUGUAUUUAAGCU